GGCCGGUUGAGGUUAAUUUUGUUUUGUUUUCAAAAAAUAUUAAACUACUAAACCUCAUUAAUACUAAUAAUCUGAACAUUUCAGCCACAAAAUGACCUUUGAUAGAGGUGUUGAGCCAAAAGUCUUCAGGGCUAUUCAACAUGUUAACAUGGAAGAAUUGGCGAAAUGUACCGAACAAGAAAUUCGUCCAGUUCUCCCUUGUUUGGUCAGAAUGGGCUUGAUAUCCCCCUUAGAUACUUCAAAAAAAUGCAUGAACAUGAAAGUAACCAUUUUGACCAUCGUUUCCGGCAUGGAACUCGUAAAUUCCAUAGUGGCCCUUCUCUCCAUCGAUUUCCAUAAACUGGAAAUCGACGUUAAAAAAGAACAACAACUGAGACAAAAAGGUAAUACACUUUUAAACGAUUCCGUUUUGAUCGGAAACUUAUCCAACACCAGCAUGGCUUUGGAAUACGAAAGAAGCGACAUGACUCGUAGACUAAGCAUUUUAUUAGGAGAAUUACUAUACAUUCACUCGCAAAUACAAGACGGAGCCGAAACCAACGAACAGGAGUCUUAUAUAAAAUCAUCAGAACUCUUUGAUAACGACAUUUUCGCCGAAGAGUUAUCCGAUAUAAUAUGCAUUGCCCUGGCUGAAUUACCCACGACUUUAAACAUGUGUACACUUGUCGAAACAUUACUCCACGUCCAUAACGGACCUGCUAUUAUUUGUAGGAUUGUAGCGAAUUUCCCGGAUUCCUUCCGAGAAGUUACCACGUAUCUCAUUCAAACUGGUGAAAAACAGGAAGAAAAUAUCUCGAGUGUUGUAAGAACGAGCGCGAUAUCGUUGAUAUGCAAAAUGAAUCCAUCUCAAGCGUUGUCUAUAAGAAACAAGUGCGUAGAUUUGUGCAGAAUGCCCGCCUUAGCGAUAACUUUGUCUCUCGAGCAAAACAAAAACAUUUGCGAUGAUGUAGAUGGUGAUAUGGUGGCGUUUAUAUCCGGAUUAUUAUUAGGAAACGAUCAAACGAUUAGAAAUUGGAUUGCAUUGUUCAUAAGAACCGGCCAGAAACGCAAAGGUGAAGUAUCCAGCAACGCAUUGCAGCAACUAAGAGACGAGUUGCUAAAGAGAUUGCAGAAGAUAAUCGAAGCUUCAUCGGAAGGCGAACUCCCCGAUAGCAUGGUCGUGCAAGCAUCAGCUUUACUGAGGCUCUACUGCGCUCUAAGAGGCAUAGCAGCGAUAAAGUUUCAAGACGACGAAGUGAAUUACAUCGUUCAACUCUUAACGUCUCAUCCUAACCCCACGCCGGCCGGCGUGAGAUUCGUCUCGAUAGGCUUGUGCAUGCUCAUCGCCUGUCCCUCGUUGAUAUCCCUUCCGGAACACGAGAGGAAGAACAUCGAAUGGGUGCAGUGGCUCGUCAAAGAGGAGGCUUAUUUCGAAACGGCCAGCGGCGUGUCGGCCUCCUUCGGCGAAAUGCUGCUCCUGAUGGCCAUCCAUUUUCACAGCAACCAGCUGAGCGCGAUUUGCGACUUGGUGUGCGCCACGCUCGGCAUGAAAAUCGCCAUCAGGCACAACAACAUGACCAGGAUGAAGCAGGUUUUUACGCAGGAGAUAUUCACCGAGCAAGUGGUGACCGCUCACGCUGUCAAAGUGCCGGUUACCAACUCUUUGAACGCUAACAUGACGGGUUUUUUGCCGAUUCAUUGUAUUCACCAGCUGUUAAAAUCUAGGGCGUUCGCGAAACAUAAUGUUAAUAUUAAGAAAUGGAUUUACAAGCAGAUUUGUACGAGCGUCAGUCCUUUGCAUCCGGUACUGAGGAUGCUGGUUGAAGUUUACGUUAACAGUAUUAUUUUACCGAAUACCAAAAAUUCCGAACACACGAAUAAGCCUCUAACUGAAAAUGAAAUCAGGAAGGUUUUUCAAAGUUCGAUAUUUGGACAGUAUUUCGAUCAAAAGCAAUCGAUAUUUACUAUGGAUUUCGACUUGAGUUCUGAGUACCAAGAUGUUGUAGUGGACAAUACGAGUCUGACACCUCAAUUACUACUGUUAUAUUAUUUAUUGUUGUACGAAGAUUGCCGUUUAAAUAACGCUUAUAUUUUGGCAGCAGUGGAACAAACCGGGACGAAAAUCAAAAAAUACACUCCAGAAUUUAUGUCCGAGUUGCCAAUUAAGUAUUUGUUACACCACGCUCAGAAAGAUCAGAGUUCCUAUUCCGGACUUUUUGGGCCGCUUUUAAAACUCCUAGCGACUCAUUUCCCUCACUUAACCCUCGUAGAGGAUUGGCUGGACGAUAUGGCCAUUCAAACCGAAUACAAACCCACUCAUAUUUCGGAAAUAUCGGUCAUCGAAGCGUUCAGCGAAAUCGAGAAUAACCCUUUGAAAUGCGCCAAACUGUUGCAAAAUCUCCUGAAAAAAGAGGCCAUCGAUAUCUGGCCGUUCGUCGAAAUUUUCACUCAACACGCCAAGAAUUUCUUGGGCGACAACGUUCCCAGAUACUUGCAGGAUUUAUAUAGGGACGUUUGGUUCAGAUUAAACACGGUUUUGCCGCGCAGAUUGUGGGUGUUGACGGUGAAGAAUCUCGUAGAAGAUUGCUCCAGUUUAUCACGAAUCGACGUAGCAGAAGAUCCAUUACAAAUAAUGAGAUGCGACGAGCGGGUUUUUCGAUGUGCUCCCAUGUACGCGGUUGUAUUGAGAGUGCUGAGGGCCAGUCUGGCGUCUUCUAGAAGCCAAUUGAUGCAGCAUUUCUUGUCCAAUUUGAAAUUCGAGCAAUCCGGCCAAGUUAUGAAUGAAAGCGAUAGGGAAGAGAUGCGUCGAGCUUGUAUAGCUGCACAGAAGAGCGAUUUCGCCAAGCUUCACAAAUUAAAAUUGUUUCAAAACGAUCUGCCGAUAGCUCAACAUAAACGGGAAAUUCUGGAUAAAUUGAAGCAGUCGAGAGUGCUGCUAAUCGCCGGAGACACCGGCUGCGGCAAAUCCACGCAAGUACCCCAGUACGUUUUGGAAGCCGGUUACAAUAAAAUAGCUUGCACUCAACCUAGAAGAAUCGCUUGCAUCAGUUUAGCGAAGAGGGUCGCCUACGAGACCUUAACGGAGCAAAAAAACACAGUAGGAUAUCAAAUUAGAUUCGAAAAAAGCAAAAGGGCCUCAACCAAAGUUAUAUUCCUAACAGAAGGUCUGCUGUUGAGGCAAGCCUCGGAAAAAGAAACUCUCGAAUCGUACGACGUAGUCAUACUAGAUGAAGUACACGAAAGGAACUUGCACGGGGAUUUUCUGAUAGGAAUAAUGAAAUGUUUGAUGCAUCAACGCGACGAUUUCAAACUAAUACUCAUGUCGGCUACCAUAAAUUUGGAAUUAUUUGCCAGUUACUUCGCCGAAGAGCAGAUACAAAUCAUCAAAGUACCCGGAAGAUUGUUUCCCAUUGAUAUUCAAUACAGGCCUAUCAUCAAGGACCCCUACGAGCGGAAAAGAGACAAACUCGAUUGCACUCCUUACUUGCAACUUUUGCAAAUGAUCGACGAAAAAUACCAACCCACUCAGAAAGGAGACAUGCUGAUAUUUCUCAAUGGAUUUUCGGAAAUAUCAGCUCUAGCCGAAGCCGUUACAGAGUACAGUCAGUUCAAGAAAAACUGGAUUGUUUUACCAUUGCACAGUUCACUGUCUUUAGAAGAACAAGAUAAAGUGUUCGACUACCCCCCGGAAGGUGUCAGAAAAUGCAUAAUCUCCACGAAUAUAGCCGAAACUUCAGUCACAAUCGACGGUAUAAGGUUCGUUAUAGACUCAGGAAAAGUCAACCGAAUGAGCUACAAUACCAACGUCGGUGUGAAUAAAUUAAGCGAAUGCAACAUCUCUCAAGACAGCGCUAAGCAAAGAGCUGGUAGAGCUGGUAGGACGGGUCCGGGCACCUGUUUCAGGUUGUAUUCAGAGGAGGAUUUGAAGAGUUUCGAACCUUUCACGCCCGCCGAAAUACAUCAGGUACCUUUGGAUUCGUUAUUGCUGCACAUGAUCUCUUUGGGGCUCCACGACAUCGCGAAUUUCCCGUUCCUCGAAAAACCCACAAGCAGAAGUUUAGAGGAGAGCAUGGAGAAAUUGAAGUUCAUCGGAGCUUUAGAACUCGACAAGGAAUAUCUAAAGUUAACGCAAUUGGGCGAUUCGUUGAGUCAAUUACCCGUUGAUUUGACAAUUGGUAAGAUGUUAAUUUUGUCUACGGUGUUUGGGAAUAUCAAUUCAGUAUUAGCGCUGGCUUCUCUUCUGAGCAUCCAAAGCCCUUUAACGCAACAGUCCCAGCGAGAUUUGCAAGCUCGCGAGCUGAGAAAACCGCUGGAAUCCGAUCACGGCGAUCCCUUAACUCUACUGAAUUAUUACAAAGAAUGGCUGAAUGUCAAGCAAUCUUAUACACCGGCCAAACAUCACUCGAAAAGGGACGGCGUCAGUUCUAAAGUGUGGGCGAGGAAAAGGUGCUUGGAGGAGCAACGAUUCUACGAAGCCACGAAGUUGAUCGAACAGUUCCGGGAGAUACUGCAAGAGGCCGAGCUGCUGCCCAAACUGAGCGAGGCCGGUUUGAGCAGCGGCGAACGAUCGAUUCGAUUGGGCGAAUUGAAGCAGCUGAAAUCGAUGAGGUAUCGCAUGAAGAACGAGGAAAAACGGCAGAAUCGAAAGCAGCUUAAAUACGAAAUGUACGAUGCCCCGGAAGGCGAUGAGGACGGCGGGAAAAUGGAUAUCAGAGACGUGGAGUUUAGAAUAACGAACGAUUUUAAAAAGUUACAGCGACUCCUUAACGAAGCCUCUGCGGAUACCCACAAAGACUUGGUGUUGUUGAAAUUAAUUUUAGCCAGCGGUUUGUAUCCGCAAGUAGCCGUUGAAGAUGAAUUUAAUUCGUCUAAAACGGUCCUCGAACGACUCUAUCACACCAAAAACAAAAAUUACGUUUUCCUGAGGCCCGAUAGUUACUUUGCUUCGAACCCGGAGGUGUUGGAAUUGCACAAUGACGAUGUCGAGGUGCCGCCUCCGGGAUAUUUUAGUAGAAGGUCUAUCAGCAGAAAGCAUCAAAUAUUGAUUUAUCAAACCAUACUGGAAACUAAGAAGGUGUAUUUGGUGAAUGCUAUGAGAAUGCCAGCAUUGCAAACUUUGCUGUUGUUGGGGAAAACUGUAGCUGCGAAUGAGACUUUCACUAAAUUUGUAAUAGAUGAUUUUUUGAUGAUUGAUGCUCCGUAUUUCGGGCAAGGUAAAGCAUUGUUGUUAAAAGCUCUCACUUUAAGAAGAGUUUGGAAGGAUAAACUGCAGUCAAAAUUAAAAGACCCGACUAAUACUAAAAUAGAUCAACGAGAAAUUUUCUAUUUUACGGAAGAUUUGAUUGCUUAUAUGACGACCGAAGUCAGUUAUAAUAUUAAGAGAUUGCUGCCUGCGGAUUUGAAGGAUAUAUUCUCGCACGAUUGUCGAAUUUUCGAAAGUGAAAAAAUUUCCGAGAACAAUAAAAACCCGUUCUGCAAGGAUUAUAAAAUAACGAAAAAUUUCGAAUUGGGCGGCAUUAACGUGACCGAGAACUUGGUGUACGGUUGUCUUUUGCAAGAAGAAUGGGCGUACGCGAUUGAACAGGAAAUAAUUAACACAGAAUUCGUAUGCAAGCAUUGCAAAAAAUCUCGUUUGGGUUCCACGUUGUUUGGGAAUAUCAGACAUGAGACGUUUUGCAGCAAAAGAUCGGAUGAAACUGCGCAAGAACCGGAAGAAACCGAAGAAGUCGUUAUUCAACCCAAUUCUAAACUAUACCAUUGUAAUGUUUGUAAUAAAGACUUGAUGUUGACUCCUGAAUCUGCGGCUAUUCAGAUGUUGAUAGAAACUUGUUCCGAAACGGAUCUGGAUAAAACUAUACCAGGAAGACAGUGGGCCUUGCAGGAAGUCAGAUCAUUGGUUUGCAGUUACCUUCACCAGGCUUUUAUUGCCGAUACGACUUUAUGUAAAUUAGUACAUUUUCAAACGUAUCCAAGCGAACUGAUCGAAAUAGUAGUCAAAGGCGUUCCUUCAAUGCACAUAUGCCUGGACUUUUUGCAGGAACUGAUGCAACAGCCGAGCCUUAACAAACAAAUAUUCGGAAUACAGCUGCUCUCCCACAUUAGCCUGCAGUACGCUCUACCGAAGAGUUUGAAUUUAUGCAUUUCGGCGCUGAAUUUGCUCUACGCCCUUCUCGGAGGCGUAUCCAGCGCUCAAAGGGUGAAGCUUUUCAAGCCCGUCUUACCGGCUUUAGUGCGAAUCAGCGAGGCUUUUCCUCCGUUGACCGACGACAUCAUUAAUUUGCUCAUGCAAUUGGCGAAGAUCUGCGAAUCGCAGGCGUCGCUGGCGUCUCAUUUCGACGCCCAUCUAGGUAAAAGUUUAGAAAUCGCUUCGAAAGAGAGCGGCGAAUUGUGCGAUUUAACCCAAAGGACUUUCAGCGAGAUUUUAGAUAAGGCGGUGUUGAAAGCGAAAAUUUAUAAGCAGGACUAGUAAAUUAUUUUUCAUAUUUAAAAGUAAGCUUAAAUUUUUAUAAAAUGUAUGUAUAAAUAAGGGUUUUUUUUAAUAAGCAGUAAGUUUUUUUUGUUUUGUUUUGUUAAAGGUGUUUGAAGAGU